CUGAAGAUGACGAACCCCUCCGUUAGAGGUCGACCGGGCAGCGAGUAUCGGCUCUUGACCGUUGCUCUGAUGUUGGGAAAUAAGUUCUUGGACGAUAACACGUACACGAACAAGACCUGGGCUGAGGUCUCUGGCAUCUCCGUACAAGACAUCCAUGUCAUGGAGGUUGAGUUUUUGAGCAACAUGCGGUACGCUCUGUUGGCUUCGAGCGAGCAGUGGGAAGAGUGGCUUGACAAGUUGGCUUCCUACUCCGUCUUCUGUGAACGAGUCUCCAAUGGCACGUCUUCAUCCUCCAGGACGGUGUCACCCACCCUUCUGAUCCCUUCACCGACCGCGGGCAAGGGGCUUUCACCAGUCGCCUCACCAACCGCGUACCAGUCGGCCCAACGCGGGUUCGCAACGACGAAUGGCGGUAGGACGUACUCACCACCUACACUCCCAGUCAACCCGACCCCAAUGAUGUACCCCGAGACUGUUGGCAGCGUUGUUACAUCAUUCAACCAGCGGCCUGAUUUUGGAGGCUCGAAUAACAGGAAGCGAAGUUGGGACGAACAGAGUGUUGAGCCGCCCACGAAGAGGGCUCACCUCGCGCCUGCCCAGCAAGCUCCCAAGCCUGCUCCAGAUGCUCGGCGUCUGCCUGUUCCGGCUUUGACGGUGAAUACGAACUAUCAGACACCAGUGACGCAACCUACGUACGCAAGCACGAGCUACUCUAUGCAGCAGUUUCAGCAGCAGCAGCAGCAGCAGGGAGCUCCUUAUGCAGUAUCACUUCCUCCGCUCGACCCAGGAACUCGAGCCAUGUCGACGGUCUACGCGCCUCCCACAACUACCUCCUGGGCUCCUGCGUCGACCAUGACGAGUAGUGGCGCUACGCAGCAGAAUCUGCAUCAUGCAAAGGCGGUUACACCAACGAAUCAAUAUCCCCCGACGGUACACUACCCCCCAACGUCGAACGCAACCUUUGGCACGCCCACCAAGCGACUGAGUCCGAUCAACAACACGCUGACGCCGGCUGCUGCAUACAAUGCGUCCUCGCCUCUUCAUGACUAUCCUCACAACAGCGGUUUCCACACGCCCAUCACUCAUUCCCCAUCCAUCUAUCUGCAGCAGCGGAACAGUCCCUACAAGCCUAUACGCCAUGUGCGCACCCUGCUCAACCCACCUCCACCCAUGAGCUUGCAGGGCUAUCAGCUGCCCGCUAUCCCACCGAGCCAGAUGCACUACCAACCCAUUGGUCGUAGGAACGACCAGCGGACCGGUAUCGUGCCUGAGUACCGAGUACAUGAUGCCUAUAGCAGGCACCCCAGCUUCACUCCUGGUCAGCACGCGACAAGCCAACAAAGCCAACAUCGUUUCACAGACCUCAUGCACUAAGGGACGAUGCGAGAUCACUCCUACCUCACAACAUAUUAUUCGAUUUUACACAAUUGUAUUUUUUAACACACAUCACCACCUCACGAGACAACACAGCAUUUGCAUCAUUUGGGCGUCUGGGAAUGGAAGGCAACCCGCAUGGUAUAAGAUGAAUCAAGAAGAAUGGUUGGAAGUUUUCUUGCUCUCUUCUUUCAUCCUCUCGCAUCGAAAGCGCGGGCGGACAUUUGCAUUGCCACAUUUUCACAUGCUUAUACGUGGCACAUUCUCACAAUGGCAUUACCCGUACUUUUCACAGAUUAGAGACCCCUUGGCUGUGCACUCAGGCUCAGAAGAGCCCUUGCGGGUCAUGAAGGCUGCUGGCCUUCCAGAGUUGGCAGGCCCUCGCGGUGGAUUGAGUAAGAGAAGCAAUCUUCAGCCAUAUUUGAUAACCUUCAGGCCUAGACGCAUAGUCUUCUGCCUUGGGAAUAAAAGAUUGAAAAACCAU